AUGAGCUCUUUGAAGCAGUUCAUUCGCAAUGUGCGCGCCUCAAAGACCAUCGCAGACGAGAGGUCUGUGGUACAAAAGGAGAGCGCUGCGAUCCGAGCAAGCUUCAGGGAAGAGAGUGGGGACCACAACGUCAGGAGGAACAACGUUGCAAAGCUGCUGUACCUUUUUACGCUCGGAGAACGGACUCACUUUGGUCAAAUAGAAUGUCUCAAGCUCCUGGCAUCUCCGCGCUUCGCGGACAAGAGACUGGGCUAUCUGGGGACAAUGCUAUUACUAGACGAGAAUCAAGAAGUCUUGACUCUUGUCACAAAUUCGCUACAGAACGACCUCAAUCACUCAAACCAGUAUGUUGUUGGCCUGGCCCUUUGCACACUUGGAAAUAUUGCGUCAAUCGAGAUGUCGAGAGAUCUGUUCCAGCAGAUCGAGUCACUCCUUUCCACAGCCAACCCUUACAUACGUCGGAAAGCUGCCCUGUGUGCCAUGCGGAUAUGUCGAAAAGUCCCAGACCUCCAAGAGCACUUCAUCGAGAAAGCUAAGCUUCUAUUAUCGGAUCGAAACCAUGGCGUGUUACUCUGUGGUCUCACUUUCGUUACAAGCAUGUGCGAGGAAGAUGAAGCAGAGGGUGGGGAACAAGGUAUCGUCGAGACAUUCAGACCAUUGACCAGCGGUCUGGUACGGACUCUAAAAGGACUGGCCAGCUCAGGCUAUGCACCAGAACACGACGUGAACGGUAUCACAGACCCUUUCUUGCAGGUCAAGAUUCUCCGACUACUUCGAACGUUAGGACGGGGAGAUCCCCGGACAAGCGAACAGAUCAAUGACAUCCUGGCGCAGGUAGCUACAAACACAGACUCCGCCAAGAACGUGGGGAACUCUAUCCUCUACGAGUCCGUCCUGACAAUAUUGGAUAUUGAAGCAGACUCAGGCUUGCGAGUGCUGGGAGUCAACAUUCUAGGGAAGUUCUUGACGAACAAGGACAACAAUAUCAGAUACGUGGCUCUGAACACACUCAUCAAGGUCGUUGCUGUGGAGCCAAAUGCGGUACAGCGGCACAGAAACACUAUACUGGAGUGUCUUCGAGACCCGGACAUUAGCAUCCGGAGAAGAGCUCUAGACUUGAGCUUUACGCUUAUCAACGAUGGCAACGUGCGAGUUCUGAUUCGAGAGUUGCUGGCCUUCCUAGAGGUUGCGGACAACGAAUUUAAGCCAAUUAUGACCAGUCAAAUUGGAGUCGCAGCAGAUCGUUUCGCUCCUAACAAGAGGUGGCAUGUCGAUACUAUGCUCCGAGUCCUCAAGCUGGCGGGCAACUACGUGAAGGAGCAGAUCCUCUCGUCCUUCGUGCGCCUAAUUGCAACCACUCCAGACCUCCAGACCUAUUCGGUGCAGAAGCUGUACGCAGGACUGAAGGACGAUAUCACCCAAGAAGGUCUCACGUUGGCAGGUACAUGGGUUAUCGGAGAGUAUGGUGAUUCAUUGCUCCGGGGCGGGCAGUAUGAAGAGGAGGAACUGGUGAAAGAGGUUAGAGAGAGCGAGGUCGUCGAUUUAUUUGAGACGAUACUCAGCAGUGCCUACUCCACCCAGAUCGUCGCGGAAUAUAUCAUUACCUCCGCAAUGAAGCUCACCUCACGCCUGAAGAACCCUUCCCAGAUAGACCGAAUACGACGCCUCCUAUCCAGCCGCACAUCAGACCUGAGUAUCGAGAUACAGCAACGAGCGGUCGAAUACGGCAAUCUGUUCGCCUAUGAUGACAUACGACGGGGUGUCCUCGAACGCAUGCCUCCACCAGAAAUUCGUGAAGAGCAGCGGGUGCUCGGCGAAGCCACGCCUAAGCAAAAGAAGGCAGCGGCCAAAGCCAGAAAGCCAGCCAAGCAGACCGAGCAAGACAUGCUGCUUGACCUGAUGGGUGGCUCUGAUCUUCCAGCUGCGGACAUGAGUGCUACUUUGAACGGCACUCAAAACAACGCCGAUCUCCUCGCGGAUAUCCUAGGCGGUGGCCCUUCUAUCCCUUCAGCACCUGCCCAAAUAACAUCCUCGAACAACAACGGCAUAAUGGAUCUCUUCUCUCCCCAAUCACCUACCAACGGCCUCUCCUCCCCACCCUCCCAACAAUCCACCUCCGCGUCCAACGACCUCUUCAGCUCCAUGUCCCCACCACCUCCCCAAUCCUCCGCAUCCACACAAGCACACUUAGCGUACCAAAAGAACGACAUGCUCCUCACCCUCCAAGUCCAACGCAACGGCGGCGUGGCGCAAGUCCUCGCCCGGUUCCACAACGCGAGUAAUUUCAGCAGAUUCACUGGGGUUGGGCUUCAAGCUGCGGUACCGAAGAGUCAGAAGUUGCAGCUCAAUGCUGUUAGUAAGGCGGAGAUGGAGGGAGGGGAGGAAGUGACGCAGGGGAUGAGGGUUAGUGCUGUUACGGGGGCAUUGCCAGCAAAGCUGAGAUUACGGCUGAAGGUAAGUUACACAAAAGAGGGCACAACCCCUGUUACGGAUCAGGUGGACUGGUCUGAACCAGCAUGA